AUGGAUUUCAUCAACGGCUUGCAACGGUUCAAGCUUUUUCAAAAUUUCAUCAGGAACCCAUCGGAGUUUUCUGCACAAUUGCUCGUAAUACCAAACCGAGUGGCCAGCAUUGUCGGUCUCGAUGUGUACAGUCCAGAUUAUACCGUGCCGAACCGGAACCUUAUGUAUUCUUUAAUCAGUGUAUGCAUUUUCUAUUACAUUGACACAACAUCUGCGUACGAAAUGCGCCACGAGCCGGAAAAUCUUAUCAACUGUCUGGUUACCUUCGGAAUCGGUAUUCAGAUAAUAGGGAAGGUUUUUACAUUCGUCUACUUUCGGAAGGAUUUGAUUGGGAUGCAUGAGUACACACUGGUUCUGUUGAAAGAAGAAUGCAAUCCACGUACUAAACCAAUGUUGAUGGGGAAGUUGUUCUUACUGAGUGUCAUUUUAAAGACGAUGCUAAUAUGCUACGCCUUCACUAGCGUAGUUCUCGAUGUUGUGCCGCUUCUAUUCCUCUGGCAAACUGGAGAAAAGAUUCUUCCGUUUGGAUUCUACAUUCCAUACAUCGAUCCCAAUUCCUGGAGUGGUUAUCUGCUGAAUUAUGCGCUGCAAAUUUUGCUGACGGUCUUUGUGUCCUCCGGAGACAUGGGGCCUGAUUGUAUAUACGUGAUCAUAUUGAUGAAUGCAUUCAUACAAAUCGAUCUACUCGUUUCCUCUUUGCAGGAAGUAAAUCGCCAAAUUGAGCUGGGUGACGAGGAGAUGGCGAAUUGUUUCCAAAAGAUUAUCAAACGACAUCAGGAACAUUUGAAAUAUUUGCGAACUGUUGAAAAUGUAUUUCGUUUCAAUUUCUUUGUCACCUUUGCUAGUUUGGCAUCCGUUCUAGUGACUGCUCUGUUUGCUGUGGUUAAGCUGUCGUGGUAUCAAGGCUACGUGUUUAUAGCGUUUGUAAGCUAUCAACUUUUCUUCGGCUGUUUCCUGGGCACUUUACUGGAAAUGAAGAACGAGCAAUUGCAGCGUGAAAUUUACAACUUAUGUUGGUACAAACUGUCAAAUUCGAACCGGAAGUCACACCGGUUUCUUCUACAAGGAUCCCAACAACCGGUUUGUCUAACAAUUAUAUUCGGCAAACUCAACAUGCCAACAUAUCUACAAGUUUACAAAAUGAUCUAUAGCAUUUUUACUAUGUUGCUGACGGCUCGCGAGGAGUAG